AGGAGUAUAUGGUAAUUUUGCUAAUAAAAAUCAUAUAUAUGGUUACAAUCUAAACCCUGAUCUUCACCGUUCCCAAAUCCCUCUGAUCUUCACCGUUCCCAAAUCGCAACACUGUUCAAAGGAUUGAAGCUUCUGUAACCGGAAAGAGGAAUCAUUUACUUAUUAUUUAAACCUAAUUGUGAAGCCUGCUUCAUUACCUUGAACGAAGAAGAACGAGAGACAAUAUGCAGGCGAGUGAUAGGUUUAACAUAAAUUCCCAACUCGAGCAUCUGCAAGCUAAAUAUGUUGGAACUGGUCAUGCUGAUAUCAAUAGAUUUGAAUGGGCUGUGAAUAUUCAACGUGAUAGCUAUGCUUCGUAUAUUGGCCAUUACCCUUUACUUUCUUACUUUUCUAUUGCUCAAAACGAAUCUAUUGGUAGACAGCGUUACACUUUUAUGCAGAAAAUGCUCCUGCCAUGUGGUCUGGCUCCCGAAAGAGAAGAAGAUUAGAAUUAUCGUUGGGAUCACCACAUGAGAGUUGAAAGGCUUUGACCAUUUGUGGUGCUGUAUAAUCUGAUCGAGGAAACAAAUGUGUUUGUGUAGAGAUUGUUCUAUCAUUUUUUUAGUUGCUUGCCUUUGGCUGUUUUUAUGGUAUGGAUUUGGAAACUUGAUCACGAGACAAUGAGUUGAAGCAAAAUAUUGUACUUUUCCUGAA